AUGUCGAGCUUCAUGAAACAUGCGAGAGAUGUGGCUGCCAGCAAAGGUCUACCAAACGACCACAGAGUUUCUCCUGAACCGUCACCAUACACGCCCGAGGCCACACCCCUAGAAGUCCUCUGUCUCGCCAUUGCCAUCUUCGUUCUUGCCUGCAUCCUUGGUUUCAUUGUUCUAAUCGGCAUCAAAACCAGACGCUCUCGGGCCCAACAUGAGGCCAACAGCUUUCCGGCAAGCACUGGACGGGAAAGAUGGAAUUCACACGACACGACACAGGUUUUCAUCAACGGCGUCCAGCGACGAAGCGAUUCGGUGGCGGGACAAGAGAGAAACGAGCUCCAUCUCCUGGAAAGAGAUGAGACGGCUUCCCUCGCACCGAAGCACAUCUUUAGGCCUUAG